AUGGACGCGACAUGCAAACAGGCCUCGGUUACGCUCAGCGAUGGCGCAACCUUGCAAGUAAAGUUGCUGGGGGCGGACGACCAGACGAAGCCCCUCCUCAUAGCUCUCCAUGGCGCGCAAGGUGUAUCUGAUCACCGCGAGCCGCUUCGGUCUUUCGGUUUCUUGUCAUCUCGAUUCCGUCUCCUUGUGUACGAUGCGAGGGGCAGCGGCCGGAGCGAUGACAAAGAACCCUUCACGCAUCAGCGCUGGGCCGCCGAUGUCGAUGAACUGCGUGAAUGGGCGGGAGCCAAUAAAGCCGUCAUUGCUGGGGGAUCUUACGGAGGCAUGGUCGCUUUGGAGUAUGCGUUAGCAUACCCCCGUUGCGUCUCUGCCCUGAUUCUUCGCGACACUUGGGCAAACGGAGUGCUGGGAGUGCUGCGCUGCUUCAAGUCGGUUCUCACGGACGGACGGAUACGGCCAGACGCGGAUCGCCAAGUGCGGGCAUGGAGUGGAAACAUACGAGACAAUGAGGACCUAGCAGCGGCUUUCAUCGAGAUCCUGCCCAUCUACACUCCGGAGGACAAGGCGGGACAAAACACCCCCUCGACACUUGAUAAAGACAAGCGCGCCGAGGCCGACGAGCUGAUCCUUCACUACAAGACGCACAACUUUUGCUUCACUCACAACCAACCUAGGUUCGACUUGCGCGACCGCCUUGAACAGAUCAAGGUCCCUACCCUUGUGGUGUGUGGGAGGCACGACCCUAUUACGCCCGUCAUGUUCAGCGAAGAGAUUGCUCAGUGCGUGCCCAAUGCGCAGCUAAUUGUUUUCGAGAAUUCUGGCCAUAGUCCCCCAUCAGACGAGCCCGACGCCUUCAGAGAUCGGGUCUGGCAAUUUGUCGACCAGAUUGCGGUCUAA